AUGUUCUGUUCGCUUGUUAGGCCACGAAGUGUUCAUGAUCAAGCUUGCUCGAGGGUACAACGAAAACCUCUUCAAGGAGGACCUGAAGGUGCUGUACCAGAAGUUGGGCGUGGAGAACCUGAGCACCGUCUUCCUGUUCACGGCGGCGCAGGUGGUGGAGGAAGGGAGAACGUGUGGGCCUUCUUCUGCGAGCGCUGCAGCGACAACCUGCACGUGGUGCUCUCCAUGAGCCCCUCGGGCGACAUCCUGCGCAGCCGCUGCCGCAGCUUCCCGGGACUCGUCAACAACACCACCAUCGACUGGAUCUUCCCCUGGCCCGAGCAGGCGCUCAUCGCCGUGGCCAGCGUCUACCUGGCAGAGAACGCGCAGAUCCCCAUGCUGUUCCGGCUGAGCAUCGUGAAGCACGUGGUGGCCGUGCACCGGUCCGUCAUGUCGUACACGGAGCAGUUCCUGCUGGUGCUGCGCCGCAAGAACUACGUCACGCCCAAGCACUACCUCGACUUCAUCAACACCUACCUGCGCCUGCUCAAGGAGAAGAUCUGCCGGCGCUUGACGGGCGGGAUGGCGAAGAUCGCGGAGGCGCAGGUGCAGAUCAACCUCCUGAACGCCAAGCUGGAGAAGCAGAAGGUGCGCGUGGCCAAGAAGACGCAGAGCCGCGAGGUGGCGGAGAAGAAGGAGGUGAUCAGCGUGGAGAAGGAGGAGGCCGAGGUGAUCCUGGCGGCGGCGCUGCCGGCGCUGGAGGCGGCGCGCAAGGCGCUGGAGGACCUCGACAAGAACGACAUCGUCGAGAUCAGGUCACCUGCCCAUCACUAG